CGUAUGCUGCCGGGAUUUGGAGGCUCGAUUGCACACCAAUUCAAUUUGAAAUUUCGAAAUCGCCUUCUUCCCCUUCAGCUCCCUCUCUUUCCUUCUCUCCCUGCAAAGCUAGUUCGAUGGGUUGCGCCUCCUCCAGCUUUCUUGAAGACGAGGACCGCAUCGUCGGCGCCGGCGCCGGCGCCCUCGGUCACCACAUCGUCUCCCUCACCUCCUCCACCUACGGCCUUCUCACGACCCUCGACCACUACCCCUCCCCCCACAACACCCUGCCGCCGCCGCCGCCACCGCCGCCGCCGCCGCCGCCUGCUCCUCCUCGUCCUCACUUCCGUAAUCCUGUAGCUCUUCGGUGCGAGCCGGAAGUGAUCAAUUCUUGGGAGCUCAUGGCCGGCCUCGACUAUUCCUCCGUCCCAGUCAAAUCCUCCGCCGCGCCGCAGCGUGCCGCGGGUAGUAAAGAAAAGGCGGUGCCGAUCCAACUGGCGGCAAAUGAUAAUGCAGGAGACACUCGGGGGCAGCAGAAAAGGCGGCCUUACACCUUGGAGUCGUUCCAGAGGCUGUGCCCGCCGGGCGGGGCGGAGUCGGCGGUGCUGUACACGACGACGCUCCGCGGCGUCCGGCAGACGUUCGAGGCGUGCAACACGGUGCGGGCGGCGGUCGAGGCGGCAGGGAUGUGCGUGCGGGAGCGCGACGUGUCCAUGGACAGCGGGUUUCGGGAAGAGCUGCGGGAGCUGACGAAGGGGAUCGGAGUGGUGGGACCCGCGGUGCCGAGACUGUUUGUUAAAGGUAGGUACAUCGGCGGGGUUGAGGAGGUGAUGAAGAUUCACGAGGAGGGAGGGCUCGCGGAAUUGCUCGAGGGGCUCCCAAGAUCAUGCGGCGGCAGCGGCGGAGUUUGCGACGGAUGCGGUGGGAUGCGAUUCUUGCCCUGCUUUCGAUGCAGCGGAAGCCGGAAACUGGUGGUGGUUGUGGCAGGGGAGGAGUGGAUCGGGGUGCCACAGUGGGCAGGGAAUGCCAAGGGGAGGAAGAGAGCGACGGCGAAGGUUGUGAGGUGUAGUGAGUGUAACGAGAAUGGAUUGGUGCUAUGUCCCAUUUGCUCGUGAAAAUAGUUAAUUGGGUGUGUUUUUUAUAAUAAUGUGCUCUAAAUGUUGGAAUAUGGUGGUUAUUUAUCAUGGUAUUAGCAACAAGAGGAAAUAUAUA